UAUUGUUUUUUAGUUUCGCCAUCAAAUUUUUUUUAUGUACCUAUUACGUUUUAAAUUUUUCUAUAUGUUAGUGAUCCAUAACUAUUUUUGGUAUAUAAUAAUUAUUCACAAUGUUAUACAAUAAAUAUUCUAGCUAUUAGAUUAAACAGUUCUUUCAAAAGAAGUAAUAGAAAUUGAGAUAUAACAAAAUUAUAAAGUUCGGAAAAGACAAUAUUAUGAAACUGUUAUCUGAAAUGUUUCUGAGAACAAAACAUAUCAUUAGAGGAACUUACUACUUCUCUAUUAGAAAUAACUUAUAUUCUUCACAAAUAACAGAAGCUUUGCCAGCAAGUGGCGAAGGAGUUAAUAUUAGUGAUGCUUGUGUUACGAAAUUAAAACAGUUAUGUGAUGGUAAUAAUAGUUUUUUGAGGCUUUGCGUGGAAAGCGGCGGUUGUUCUGGUUUUCAAUAUAAAUUUGACUUGGACAAUAAAAUGGAGAAUGAUGACAGAGUAUUCGAAAAAGAUGGUGUAAAAGUAGUAAUUGAUGAGACUUCACUGGAAUACAUAAAAGGAUCUACAAUAGACUAUCAUACAGAAUUAAUAAGAUCAGCCUUUAGAGUUAUACAGAACCCUAAUGCAGAUAUAGGAUGUUCAUGUGGAGCAAGUUUUUCAAUAAAAAUCGACUGAUCUCCAUUGCAAAUAACAUUUUUUAUAUAUUUAUUGCAAUUAAGUUUGUAUUAUAAUAUUUACCCAAUGUUUUUUCAAAAUGCUAAGUAGCUUACCUUACACCUUAUAUUUUUAUUAAUUUGCUUGAAAUUAGUAUUUAAAAUUAUUCAUUAGGAAGCUCAAAAAUUGUUUUAGUUAUAAAAAAUAUAUACUUUAGCUGUGUCAAAUAUUCCAAUUAAAUUCUACAAUGAAUUGUGUAGUCAUGUCCAUAUAUUUGUUUGUUGUUAAUUUAUAAUUGUAAGCAUCAUAUUAUUCAAACCUCACUAUAUAUUUUUAGUCCUAAUUUACACAUCCACUCACUACACAUCCACAGUUUCCUAAAAGAUUUCACCUAACAGAUUGAUGUUUUUAUUAUAUAUUCCUUUUAUUGCUUGAUAAAUUUAGAAACCUGAAAUUUAGGAACCUGAAAAUAAAUUAUAACUGUCAUCUAUAGACAACACAUUGCCACUCCUAAGACUAAAGUGAUAUCUUGUAUUGUGUUGUACAAUAAUGUACAUCAAUGCUUCAGUCUAAAAUAAAUAGAUAAAAUUGUUGUACUUUCCUAUAUGGCUUACAUAAAACUACACACUGUUAUGUCCAAGUCCUUAUGCAUGCUAUGUACAAAGUAAUAAAAAAGCUCAACAUAAAUCUUAAUUUGCAAGAACUUUGACUCAAUAUUUUUUCAUUAGUAUUAUGGAAUCUUCAUUUCAAUAUAAUAAAAUGCUUGUGACUAUCUAAUCUAAGAUUAUAGACUUGAGAAUUUACAUCAAGCGGAAGAUUAUUUAUUUAUUGUUCUGUAUUCUGUAAAUAAAGCUACUAUCCAUUAUUAUGUAAUGUAUUAUUUAUUCAGUUUAUUAUCUUCGAUUAAUUGAUAUAUAUAGAUAUUAUAUUAUAUAUAAAUAUAGAAUUGCUAAGAAUCUGCUUAUACAUAUUGUUUUGUUUUCUGUUCUUUUUUUUUUGUAUUCACAAGUAAAGGCUAUUAAGAAGUGACACUGCCACCAUUUCAUUGAGUAAAACAGUUUUUACCCUACAGUUGUUUAGCAAUAUUCUUGUUUCAGUGCUAGGAUUAUUACAAAGGGUGGAUAAGAAAGUUAUUGCCUAAUUUGUUUAAAAAAAAAAAAGGAAUACUGUUACAUAUUGAUUUAUCUCAGAUCAGCAUUGAACAUUCUGACAGCAUUGAGCAAUCCCCGUGUAGAUUACACAUGUGACUCAAAAGUUUACUAUUAGUAUUGAAAUAUAAUGCAUCUAUAUACUAUCUAUAUAUUAUUUGUAUAAGCAUGAUACUUGGCACCAUUGCAAAUGGUGCUACAAUAUGAUGGUUGAAGUUGCCAUCAAUAAGCAGUGACUGCAAUCUAUAUAUGCAUCAGAAAAGUGUCACUUGCAGCUUUCGUUCUGAAUAUGAAAAUAUAUUAUACAAACUAGGGUAGAAGUUAUAAACCUAGAUUUAUGUUUUAAAGUUUAAUGCACUUUUUAGAAUAUUAAUAAAGAUUUUUCUGUGAUACAUAUUUAAUGCCAUUUGUAGAAAAUAAUUGAAUAAAGUUAUUUGGUGACAUGAA